CUGAGAACUGCUCGCGUUCAGGACGGGCUCGUCAACCAGCUGCUGAAACAUCCAGCCGGAGUGUUGCCCUGGCAUUAGAUGGCUCGGUGCAGUGCACUGGCUACCCGUGUGGCACUGGCCCUGUGGAUUACAGCCGGAUGCAGCUGGGCUGGUCGCAAGCAAGAGGAAUCGCUCGCCACCGACAGUAUCUCCAAAGCUAGAUGUACAUCGCGUUGUCUGAGCCUGCACAUCACUCGUCUCUCAGCUUUGUUCAAGAACUUUCAGAACAAUGGAUCUUUGAAUUGGUGUCAAAAUCACAAGCAAUGCUCAAAAUGCCUAGAGCCCUGCAAAGAAUCCUGGGACAUACAGGAGACUCACUGUCAAAGCAAGUGUGAGUUUCUUUUCCCAAAGAAACACUAUGAGUGCCUGACUAGCUGCGAGUUCCUCAAGUCAAUCCAGUCAGCAAAGCAGGGGGAUUGUCCCGCUCCGGAGAAAGCCAGUGGAUUUGCUGCUGCCUGUGUUGAAAGUUGUGAGGCAGACAAUGAGUGCUCAGGACUGAAGAAAUGCUGUUCCAAUGGCUGCGGUCAUACUUGUCAAAUACCACGCAACCUGUUCAGGGGUGUCCCUCUGAAGCCUAGAAAGGAGUUAAGUUUUACUGAGCUACAGACCGGGAAUCUGGAGAUCAAAUGGUCAUCGAAAUUCAAUAUCUCUGUUGAACCAGUUAUUUAUGUGGUGCAGCGAAGGUGGAACUAUGGCAUCCAUCCAAGUGAAGAUGAUGCUUCUAACUGGCAAACAGUUGCACAGACCACAGAGGAGCGAGUCCCACUGGCUGACAUUCGUCCCAAUAGGUGGUAUCAGUUUCGAGUGGCUGCCAUUAAUGUUCAUGGAACACGAGGAUUCACUGCUCCCAGCAAACAUUUCCGCUCCUCAAAAGAUCCUUCUGCCCCACCUGCACCAUCAAAUGUGAGAGUCAGCAACUUUACAGCAAACAGCGAUGGCACCAUUACCACAAGGAUCCUCUGGGAUGUGCUGGAAGAACCUGAUAUUCCAGUUCACCACUAUAAGGUUUUCUGGAGCUGGACAGUCAACACAAAGUCAAUGGUGCCAGCCAAAAAGAAAAGAAGGAAAACUAUAAAUGGAUCUCAAAACUACGUGGUCCUGGAGGGACUCCAGCCUAACAACAGCUACAUGGUCGACCUGCAAGCUGUAGCAUACUGGAGCCAAGUACGUCUAAAAAGUGCCAAAGUCUCUCUGUAUUUUGGCACCCCUCGAAUUCCCAGCAUGAGAGACCUUUCAGCUUCCACAACAAAAUCCAGACAUGGUGUUGUCAAUGCCCUCCCAUCAUCUCAUGGGAAAAGAACUAUGCGUCUCAUUGAUGUCGGGGCCCCUUUCUAUCAGGACAAUCAGCUUCAGGUUAAAGUUUACUGGAAGAAAAUGGAAGAUCCUGGUGGCAUCGCGGAGCGAUACCUCGUCCAAUGGAUGCCAGAGUCUUGCAUGCACAAUGAGACGAAGAUUUCCAGAAAAGUCAUUGCCCAUGAAAAUUACGUAAUUCUCCCAGGACUGAUUUUCUCUUGCAAAUAUAAAGUUAUGGUCCAACCAAUAAUGGCCAGGGGCCAGGGGAAAGCAGAAGCCGUGAUCUUCACAACUCCAUCAUGCUCAUCUCCUCGAGGAAAAGGUCUAAAACAUGGCAGCUGUCCCAGUGAUGGGGUAACAACCAUUCCCAAAGUGCUUGUCAAACCAGAGAACCUGUCAGCAUCAUUCAUAAUUCAUGCAGGGAAUAUUACAGGACACUUCCACUGGAGGAUAUCUAAAAUACAGCUUCAUCAGCCUGUAACAGGAUUUCAGGUUACUUGGGCAGAGAUGACAACAGAAAGCCGACAAAACAGCUUACCAAACAGCAUUAUAUCCCAGUCUCAAAUAUUGCCACCGGACCACCAUUCGCUGAUUGUACCCAAUCUGAGGCCAUCAACAUGUUAUAGGUUGGAAGUACAACUACUGACUACAGCUGGAGAGGGACCAGCAACUGUCAAAACAUUCCAGACACCUAGCUUAUCUUCAUCCCUCUCACACAGUAAGCUUCAGUAUCUCCACCACCCUAGCUGUAGUACAGUUCCACGUCGCGUAUUUCAAUCUGGUCAAAACUUGGAACACAAAAGGAAACUAAUGCUUAAAUUGCUCCAGGCUGAAACAUCAUCAGCAACAGAAGCCAGUAUCAGUAAAACACUGAAACAAUUAUAAUUACAUUAUGGAGGUUGUUUAAGGACUGUUGAUGUGAAAACAAUUAAAAAAAGACUCAUCUCCCUGUCUGAGUAAAGAAAAGAGCAGAAGAAUGUCUCCCUCCAACGCAUCUUUUAAAAUUUGAUUAUAAAACCAGUGCCAUAAAAAUUAUAUAGUUGAAUGUUAUCAUCACUGUAUUGUGUCUUCAGAGGAUGGCUUUGAAAUUGUGCUAUUUAUUAACCUGUUUUGUUGAAUGUGCUGAUCCUGAUAUAUGCAAUAUUUACAUUUUUCCUGUGGAUACCUGUACUUGGCAGACUGCCAGGAAAAUAUGUCUAAAACCUGCAUAUUUUGACUGGGAGUGAGAAUUAUGUCAGUUUAUUAAUCUAUUGCAUGUAAUAAAGUUAUUAAAUUAUAAUGUAAAUGAAUCUUAUCAGAUGUUGGCAAAGUACGGUUGCAUGGUAGACCUGUCAGUGUUCCAUAUAGGCAUGAUUCGUAUGUCUAUGUUACCUCCACUGAAUAUAUUAACAUGAUACAGUUUACAGAAUAAUUAACAAAGUCUAUAUGUACAAAUUAUUUACUUUUUAAUAUUGGAAUGAUAAUGUAGUCUGGAAAUAUCAGUACUGUUUCGUCUGUUGCUAAAUUGGCUGUAGAAAUCACGUUCCGCAUUGCAGUCAUUUUUAGAUCAAUAUUUAUUACUGUAUACACCAUUUUGUUUGGUCUGUUUUGUGCAACUUUGUCAUAUUUGGGAUAACAAACCUCUUGUAAAGACAUUUUGUAAAAAUGGAAAUUGUAAAUAGAGUUUGUUGUAAGUUACAUUACCCAAUAUUUUCAUGUUAGACUUUGUACAUAUUGUCGACGUA